AUGUUGCGCCACGUGGUAAAUAACGCACUCAAACCACAACGCAGACAGUUCAAUGCUACAGGAUAUCAAUUGCAGUCAAUACCCACUCUCAGCGACGCCACUUUGAAGAGCUUUCGAGCCAAAGCCUUCAACCCAGCACUUCCAGUCCUUCUCCCCGGUCAAUUCACCCAAAUUCCAGCAAUAAAGACCUGGUUUACGACCGAGCCCGACUCAUGUUUCACAUCGAUCAAUCGCUUGCAUCUCGACCGAUUCGCAUCUACUAUUGUCCCGCUGGAAAUCACUCGUAAAGGCCAGUUCGCACGAGUAGAUCAACCACUGAGCUUCUUUCUAGAUGCCACCGCCUCAAAUGACCCGGACACGCAGGUCUAUCUUGCACAAGCUGAACUUGCCGACUUACCCCAAGAACUGCUGCAAGAUCUUCCAGUGCCUGAAUUUGUCAUGAGAGCUGGCAAAGGGGAUGUCUACAGCUCCUCCAUAUGGCUAGGAAGAGCUCCAACAUACACGCCUUUACACAGGGACCCGAAUCCCAAUUUGUUUGUGCAAUUGAAAGGACGUAAGGUUGUCCGACUGUACAAACCACACGUUGGGCUAUCCAUCUUUGAUGCUGUACAGGAGAGAAUUGGUGGGGUGGGGAAAGCAACUAUGAGGGGGGAGGAAAUGAUGGCAGGGGCGGAGAGGGAGGCAUUGGAGGAGGAAGUCUGGAAUCGUGAUGGUACCCAUGUUGGCGAGUGUUGGGAAGCUGAUUUGGGAAGUGGGGACGGCUUGUUCAUCCCCAAAGGCUGGUGGCAUAGCAUAAAGAGUCUUGGUGACGAGGGGGUGAUAGCAUCAGUGAACUGGUGGUUUAGGUGA